UUCGUGUUUCCAGACUCCACGGCACGCAUUUUCAAGAAAGGAGUACUGAGUUUUUGAAGAGGGAAAGAAAGAAGGAGAGUGAAUGAAACCGACGAGAGAGACAGAGAGAUAGAGAUAAAGAGACUAACAGAGAGAGACAGAGAGCGAGAGAGAGAGAGAGAGAGACAGACAGAAGAUAUCCACACAGCAACAGGAGUGGACGGAGGACCGACCCAGUCACCCAGGUGUAACAUCCCGCUACAGGAAGGAGGGAGACGGCAGAGCCAUGGCGAAUAUAGCGGUCCAAAGGAUCAAACGGGAGUUCAAAGAAGUUCUGAAAAGCGAAGAGACGAGUAAAAACCAGAUCAAGGUGGAUCUGGUAGAUGAAAACUUCACAGAGCUGCGAGGAGAGAUCGCAGGACCACCGGACACGCCGUACGAAGGUGGCAGAUUUCAACUGGAAAUCAAAAUCCCAGAAACGUAUCCCUUUAACCCUCCCAAGGUGAGGUUCAUCACUAAGAUCUGGCAUCCCAACAUCAGCUCAGUAACAGGCGCCAUCUGUCUUGACAUCCUCAAAGACCAGUGGGCAGCAGCGAUGACUCUGAGAACGGUACUGUUGUCCCUCCAGGCUCUUCUGGCCGCAGCUGAACCGGACGACCCGCAGGAUGCAGUAGUGGCCAAUCAGGUACCGUAUAAGCAGAACCCAGACAUGUUUACGCAGACGGCCAGGUUAUGGGGCCAUUACUACGGUGGAGCACCUGAACCCGGUCCAGAAUACACACGGAAGAUAGACAAACUCACUGCCAUGGGCUUCGAAAAGAAUGCUGUAAUCGCUGCCUUGUCCUCUAAAUCCUGGGACGUGGAGACGGCGACAGAACAACUCCUUAGCAACUGAGACCCCUCUGACCUCAUCUCCCUUCUCCUAUUGGUGCCCUCCGAUGCCUUCUAACCACAGCCCAAACUGAGCCUUCGCUGGGCUGACGUCAUAGAGUUUCACCCCUCUUCCAAGUCACUUCCUGGUAACCUUUCAACUCUCCCUAUUCCCCGGCCUUCAAAACAUCCCUUACUUUCCGUCUUUUAAGAAGGCCCACAUUAAAGCGUUGUUAACCUGGCGGAGGUUAGUGGCUGAGAGAGACAGGAGGACAAGCAACGCCGGACAGGAUGGAACUGUACAAAUACUUUAUUCUUCCUGGAUAUUGUAAAAAAAAAAAAAAACGUAAACUGUGUUUCAGUUUUAACUCACGACUAGAAGGAAAGAAAUUGCCUAGUUAACUAUUUUGAUUGGCCGACUAGGAAGUUAGUCUGAAUGUCCCGAUUGGCUCGUUGAAGCGACUUACGCGCUUGAUUGGCCCAGUCUGCUUCCCCC